UAGCAAAGUCUGUCGGUAUUUGAGGGAGAUCAACAAUUUCUUCCAUACUCCUUGGAAAUAAACCGAAAAAUUCAGCACAUUUCCAUUGAAUAUAAGAAAAAUGCUUGCUAAUUGUGCCACCAAAACGCUGCAAUAUGUGCGCGGCAGUCUACGUGCCAUCGCUACAUCAGCCACCCAACGCAGUGACAACUUGUUUGUCCAUCGUGAUACACCCGAAGACAAUCCUGAUAUUCCAUUUGAAUUUACACCGGAAAAUAAGAAGCGCGUUGAAGCCAUCAUGAGCAUCUACCCUGAGGGACACAAACGUGGUGCCAUGAUUCCCUUGUUGGAUUUGGCCCAGCGUCAACACGGUUGGUUGCCAAUUUCCGCCAUGCACAAGGUUGCUGAAAUUUUGGAAUUGCCCAAUAUGCGUGUCUACGAAGUAGCCACUUUCUAUACAAUGUUUAUGCGUAAACCCACUGGUAAAUAUCACGUGCAGGUGUGCACAACUACACCCUGUUGGUUGAGAGGUUCCGAUGAAAUUUUGGAAACAUGCAAGAAAACUUUGGGCAUUGGUGUUGGUGAAACCACCAAGGAUAUGAAAUUCACCAUUUCCGAAGUUGAAUGUUUGGGUGCCUGUGUCAAUGCUCCCAUGGUAGCCAUUAAUGAUGAUUACUAUGAAGAUUUAACCGCCAAGGAUAUGCAAGAAAUUUUGGCCGACUGCAAGGCUGAUCGUGUCUCUCCUCCCGGUCCCCGUAAUGGCCGUUUUGCCAGCGAACCCAAGGGUGAGCCCACCUCAUUGAGUGAGGAACCCAAGGGCCCCGGUUUCGGUCUUCAACCUGGCUUAUAA